GUUCUGAGUGGUGGCGGGCUGCGUGUGCAUAUGUGUGUCUAUUUUGUUGCAGCUAAAACAGACCUAAUCUUCCGUUACUUGCACAAAUAAAGACUUGAACAACAAACGUUGACAAGGAGGUAGCGAAACAGAGGAAGCUAGCUCAACAUGACUGGUGAAAGCAAUGGAAAGCUUACUGUGAAGGAGAUGAUACCAGAGAUCAAGUUCACUAAGCUCUUUAUUAAUGGACUCUUUGUUCAGUCACUUUCAGGUAAGACUUUUGAGACUAUAGACCCAAGGACAGAAGAGGUGAUUGCAGAGGUUUCUGAGGGGAGCAAGGAAGAUGUCGAUUUGGCUGUCAAGGCUGCUCGGGAAGCUUUUGACAAUGGUCCCUGGCCUCGAUUUUCCGGAGCUCAAAGAAGAAGGAUACUGAUGAAACUAGCUGACUUGAUUGAUGAGAAUAAAGAAGAGUUGGCAGCUUUAGAUACUAUUGAUGCAGGAAAACUGUUUCAUCAUGGCAAGAAUCGAGACAUUCCAGGUGCAGCAGAAACCUUUCGCUAUUAUGCAGGGGCAGCAGAUAAAAUACAUGGAGAUACACUGAAGAUGUCGAUGGACUAUCAAGCAUAUACGUUGCUGGAGCCUGUUGGUGUGGUCGGGCACAUCAUCCCUUGGAACUUCCCGGCUCAAAUGUUUGCUAUGAAGGUCGCUCCAUCAUUAGCUGCUGGCUGCACCAUGGUUGUCAAACCUGCUGAGCAGACGCCUCUUUCAGCUUUGUACUAUGCUCAUUUGACGAAGCUGGCUGGAAUUCCAGAUGGAGUGGUCAACGUCGUUAAUGGAUUUGGGCAUGUAGCUGGUGCUGCUCUAACUUCUCACAUGGACGUUGAUAAGGUAUCUUUCACAGGAUCGACAGAAGUAGGGCGUAAAGUAAUGCAGGCCGCAGCAAUGAGCAACUUGAAGCAGGUCACACUUGAACUAGGGGGAAAAUCACCAAUCAUAAUAUUUGAUGAUGCAGAGCUUGAUAGAGCCGUCCAUCUUGCUCUCAUCGGAAGUCUAUAUAAUAAGGCAAAGAUUUGUGCGGCUGGUUCUCGUGUAUUUGUGCAGGAAGGUAUAUAUGAAGAAUUCUUGAAGAAAUUGGAAGAAAAAGCCACAUCAUGGGUUGUGGGAGAUCCAUUUGAUCCAAGUUCCCAGCAAGGACCACAAAUUGAGAAGAAACAGUACGAUAAAAUACUAUCAUACAUUGAGCAGGGUAAGAAGGAAGGUGCCACCCUGUUAACUGGUGGUAAGCCCUUCGGAGAAGGAGGAUAUUAUAUUGAGCCAACAAUAUUUACUGAUGUUAAGGAUGAUAUGAUAAUCGCAAAGGAUGAAAUAUUUGGCCCUGUCAUAUCAAUUCUGAAGUUCAAGACCAUGGAUGAGGUGAUCAGGAGAGCUAAUGCCACAACAUAUGGCCUAGUAGCAGGAGUUAUCACCAACAACUUGAACAUUGCCAACACGGUGUCAAGAUCUAUUCGCGCAGGUACUAUCUGGAUAAACUGCUAUUUUAUUUUCGACAAGGAUACUCCUUUUGGAGGGUAUAAAAUGAGCGGGUAUGGGAGAGAUAUGGGAAUGGACGGACUUGCCAAGUAUCUUCAUGUCAAAACUGUGGCAACUCCUAUAUAUAAUACCCCUUGGUUGUAAUUUUGCUUAUUAUUGUGGUAGUUUCAAACAAAACUAUGCUUCCAUGUUAAAUUGCAAGGAUAAGCCUUAGUGUUAAACUUUAAGGGGCCAUAAAUUAUUUGUAUAAAAUAACAUCUUAUGUUUGAAAUGAAUGUGUUAUAAAUUUGUUCCCUA